AUGUACAGCUGCAGUGAGACGGGGAGGACGUUCUUCUUCAAACACUGCCCGCCCAAGUACCUCGAGCCGGACUACCGUUUUCCGCUGCUCUACCGCGAGCUGCUCGCCUACAAUGCUGAUGUACUCUGUUUGCAGGAGGUUGAUACAAGGAACUAUAAAAAGUUGUUGAAACCACUGCUUGGAGAGGCAGCUGGCUAUGAGAGCAUUCAUCUGCCCAAACUUCUCACCGAACCCCCCACAGACCCAAAGGCACCUCCUCCGAAGGAGUUCCCUCGAAAAGUGAGUGUUCUAGGGUGA